AUGCGGGCUUCGCUCAGCUGGGUCACCGAGUUUGGGCCUGAUGCCCGGAGUCUCUCAAAAGCCGUGAACCAGCAGGAGUUAGUCAGAGCUCUGGCCACCUUCCUCAAAAAGUCUGGGAGCUGAAAGUCCCUGAAUAAGUCCCUGAAGCUGAAAGUCCCUGAAUGGGUGGACACUGUCAAGCUGGCCAAGCAUAAAGAGCUGUCUCCCUACGAUGAGAAUUGGUUCUACACACGAGUUGCUUCCACAGCACAGCACCUGCACCUCCUUGGCGGCGCUGGGAUUGACUCCAUGACCAACAUCUAUGGAGGACGGCAGAGAAAUGGUGCCAUGCCCAGCCACUUUAGCAGAGGCUCCAAGCGUGUGGCCCACUGGGUCCUGCAAGCCCUGGAGGGGCUGAAAAUGGUGGGAAAGGACCAGGAUGGGGGCCGCAAACUGACGCCUCAGGGACAGAGAGAUCUGGACAGAAUUGCGGGACAGGUGGCAGUUGCCAACAAGAAGCAUUAG